AUGUCAGUAACUUUGCAUACAACUCACGGAGAUCUCAAAAUCGAAGUAUUCUGCGAAGCCGUCCCUCGAACUUCAGAGAACUUUCUAGCUUUGUGUGCAUCGGGCGUAUAUGACAAUACAAUCUUUCAUCGUAAUAUAAAAGGGUUCAUGAUACAAGGAGGUGAUCCCACUGGGACAGGUAAAGGGGGACAAAGUAUAUGGGGUAAACCAUUCCCUGAUGAGAUUCGACAGACAUUACGAUUCAACACCCGAGGAGUAGUGGCGAUGGCCAACGCCGGACCAGAUACCAACAAAGCUCAAUUCUUCAUAACAUACGCUAAACAACCUUCUUUAGAUGGAAAGUAUUCCAUUCUCGGUCGUGUCAUAGAUGGAGCCGAUUCCACAUUAGAUCUGAUGGAAAAAGUCCCAGUAAAAGAGAAGAACCGUCCUGUCUCAGAAAUCAAACUCUUAAAUGUCACGAUACACGCCAACCCUAUAGCGGAUCAACACAAGUAA